AUGAACAGCUUCUCGGUGCUCAAUGAACAGGACAAGACGCUGGACUACGACGCCUACUUUGCCUCGCAGGAGACGCUGAACCUGAUCGCGGUCAAGACGGGCGCCAGCAUCGCGUUCGUGGCCACCAAGACGUUCGGCACGCGGGCCCGUUGGGUGGCGAGGUCCAAGAUCAAGAGCAUGUCGUUCCGCACGUUCAGCGGCGUGACGUCCAAGGACACGACGCUGAGUGGCCUGACCAUCGACAACCGCGCCGGCAACGGCAUUACCAAGAACACCGGCGGGGACAGUCACCAAGAUGGAGUUGCACGGCGCAAUGUUGGUGCUCUUCUUGAAGCAAGAUUUUUGGAGCUGCGGACGGCAUCUGGGAGCCGCAGGUAA